AAUAGAGAGGCAAUUGAAGGGAGGAUGAGAGGAGAAGGGUGGGGUUGGGGGGUGUGGGGAGGUGAGGGCCGAAAGCUGAGCGCGUAGCUUUUAACAACAGCAGCAGGGCAGGAGGCAGCGGCAACAGCAGGAGCAGCAGCAGCAGGGCCAGCGGGGCAGUGAGACAGAAGCCUGCGAGAAAAGAAACAAAGAUAGAGAGAGAGGAGGGGGGAGGAGAGUGAUCGAGAAGAUCUCGAUCAGAAGGAAUUUCAGAGUCCCCACAGCCAGCCCCCAUCAUCCCCCCUCCACUUCCCAUAAUUAACCCUCACACGCCAAAAGGAUAGGGAAGCCAAAAAAAAAAAAAAAGGGUCAAGAAAGAGAAAAGAAAACAACAUACCCCAUAACAACAAAAACAAAAAUUCUAGCCCCACUCCUUUGUUAGCUUUAGAUUAACACAAGCAUAUAGAUAUAUAAUUAGUGAUACAUAGAUAGAAAAUUAUAGAGAGAGAGAGAGAGAGAGUGAGAUAGGAGUAGGGAGACAGAGAAAGGGGGAGGGGAAGAGAGAGAGAGAGUGUGUGUGUGAGGGAGAGGGGUGGGUAUAUAAGAGGAGACAUAAAUUUACCUCCAAUACCAGCCGGGGUGGCUUCUGGAAGGCGGUUCCCAUCGGAUACCGGCGCGUUCGCGGACUGGGUGGCGUCCUCCGCCACCGGUCGAGGCGAUGAUCUCUGCCUCGGUUUCAAUGCCGGCGGAGGCGGAAGCGGAGGAGGAACCGGAACCGGAAGCGGCGGCGGCGUCGGUGGAGGCGGAUGGGGGUCCAGCUCCUCCGCCUCCGCCCGUCAGGGCCUCAAUUAUGGCAUCGCCGACAUGGGGAUGGUCGGUCUCCGCGAUGUCCUCGUCGUCGCCCCAGCUGGAUCGUUUCAUUCGCAGUACCACGAGCCCUUGCCCUCCUCCGCGGAGCACCCCAUCAUCCCCCUCCUCACCGCCGCCCCCUGCCUCGUAGACGAGGCCCACGACGGCGGCCGUCCGAAGCCCGCCGGUGGGAUCCACCUCUGGCAAACCCAGCCGCCUCCGCCGCCCCAGAACCCCAACUCUAACCCUAACCCUAGCCUCUCCUACCACAAGAAGCCCAUCCCCAUGCUGGACGCCGCCAGCAUUCUCGGCGGCGCCGGUGGCAUCGGGGCCGCGGGAGGCGGCGGGCCAUCCACGUGCCAGGACUGUGGCAACCAGGCCAAGAAGGACUGCAGCCACAGGCGGUGCCGGACCUGCUGCAAGUCCCGCGGCUUCGACUGCUCCACCCACGUCAAGAGCACCUGGGUACCCGCCGCCCGCCGCCGAGAGCGCCAGUUCGCCACCUCUGUCGCCGGGGCGGCCGCCGGCUCCUCCGCCUCCACCUCCGCCCCCAAGAAACCUCGCCUCAUCACCUCCCAGACCACGACUACCGCCUCCCACACCUCCACCUCCAACACCACCCCUCCUCGUAGCUUCGACACCAGCUCCAGCCACCAAGAUGCUACCUUCCGCGAGAGCUUGCCCGGGCACGUUCGAGCGCCGGCCGUGUUCAAGUGCGUCCGCGUGACGUCCAUGGACGACGGCAAGGACGAGUACGCGUACCAGGCCAUGGUCAAGAUCGGUGGACACGUCUUCAAGGGCUUCCUCUACGACCAAGGCGUCGACGACGGGCGGGGAGAGGCCAGCACCAGCGAUAACGCCAUUCCAAACAUCUCGGAGCUCCAUCUUGGGGGUGCUGGCACUGCGGGUGGUGGUAGAAACGGCUCCUCCUCCGCUCCCAUGAUCCCGUCGGACGACUACGGCGGCGGCGGCGGUGGAUUGUUUGGAGGUACUGCGAACUAUGGGAACCCAAUAAAUUGAGCUCUACUUUCCGCGCCUAAGGUUUUAUUUUUCUUCGUCUUAUUCUCGACUCAACUGUAUGAAAUCGUGAAGCCAUGCAUGGGGGUCAGCGAGAAGUCGUUUCAGCUGCUGCUGCUGCUAUUGUUGUAAACAUAUGCAUAUCUACUUGACUUCUUAGCUUAUUUUUAUAUGAUUAUUAUUUUUACUAUUGUUAUUAUUAUUGUUUCUAAUAAUUACUUCUUCUCAAGUUGAUGAUGAUAGCUGGAUCCUCUCCCACUCUAAUCUCUAGCGGAGCCUCGGAGAGGAGAGGGAGAGAGGAUCACGGACAGAUUACACUGUUUAUGAGGUGAUUGCUACUUUAUUAAAGCGGUUUCUUCUUUUUUAGUCU